GACGUCGCGUGGCGUCGUGCGUGCCGCCAUCAUGCUGCGCAAGCUCACCCUGGACCAGAUCAACGACUGGUUCACCAUCGGCAAGGCCGUGCCCGCCGCCGAGUUCCUGGGCGUCAAGGCGGACGCCCCGCGGAGCCCUCCUGCCCCUGCACUUGCUGCGCAGGAGCCUGUGGGGGCUGUGGAGCUCCCUGUCAAAGGGACUGUUGGAAGUGAAUAUGUUGAGAAAUGCAGACAUCUGGAGGAGCAAGAGUCRGACAUUAUCGACAAUGAUCAGUUUGCCUCAAAAUCAGAUAAUUCCUUGCCUCAAUGUGAAUCAAGUGACUGGACUUCUAUACCAAUAACUGACUAUAAAUAUCCUGAUAUGCCCAUAGCCAAACACAAGGAAGAGAUAGUUUCUCUGAUAGAAAGCAAUUCAGUUGUGAUUGUACGUGGAGUAACUGGCAGUGGUAAGAGCACGCAAAUCCCACAGUACGUCUUGGACUAUUGCACUCAAAAAUCUACCUACUGCAAUAUUGCUGUCACUCAGCCUCGGAAAAUUGGUGCCACCAGCAUUGCCAGAUGGAUUAGCAAGGAGCGAUCCUGGACAUUAGGUGGAUUUGUAGGGUACCAGGUUAGUUUAGAGAAAGUUACCACAAAAGACACAAGACUGACGUACAUGACAACAGGAGUUCUUCUUCAGAAACUAGUUUGUGCCAAAAAUCUAACUGAGUUCACACAUAUUUUCAUUGAUGAAGUACAUGAGCGUACAAAAGAAAUGGAUUUCUUGCUCUUGGUAAUCCGUAAACUGCUGCGUACAAAUUCACGAUUUGUAAAGGUGAUACUGAUGUCUGCUUCCAUCAACUGUAAGGAAUUUGCUGAGUACUUUGCAAUUCCAGUUCAUAACAAACUGAAUCCAGCCUAUAUAUUUGAGGUGGAAGGCAAGCCUUAUGCUGUUGAAGAAUAUUAUCUUGAUGAUUUGAAGCACAUAGUUCACUUCAAGCUUCCUCCUCAAAUAACUGAGGAACCAGUGAUAGUAAAGGAAAUGUAUGAUCUUGCGGUGUCUUUGAUUCAAUCAUUUGAUGAGUUGGAAAUGAAGAUUAAAAGAGAGAACAAAACCUUGCAUCUUAUGUCUGAACGGGGCAGUGUGCUAGUAUUUUUACCAGGUUUGGCUGAAAUAAACUAUAUGCACGCAUGUCUCUCAAAUACAUUUAACAAAAGGUUGCAAGUGUACCCACUCCACUCAACUGUGACAUUGGAGGAACAAAAUAACGUCUUUUUGUCUCCAGUUCCUGGCUAUAGAAAGAUUAUUCUGUCUACAAAUAUAGCUGAAAGUUCUCUAACGGUUCCUGAUGUUAAAUAUGUGAUAGAUUUUUGUUUAACUAGAACUUUGGUUUGUGAUGAAGAUACUAAUUACCAAAGUUUGAGACUUUGCUGGGCAUCUAAAACCAAUUGUAAUCAAAGAAAAGGUCGUGCAGGACGUGUUUCCAAAGGGUAUUGUUACAGGCUUGUACACAAGGACUUCUGGACAAACUGUAUUCCAGAAAAGCCAAUACCUGAGAUACUGCGUUGUCCUUUGGGAACCACAAUCUUAAAAAUAAAAAUGCUUGACAUGGGGGAACCAAAAGCCUUGUUGGCAACAGCUCUUUCUCCACCCAGUGCAGGGGACAUUGAACGCACCAUACUUCAGCUGAAAGAGUUAGGAGCACUCACAACUUGUGUGCAAACAGAAGAAAAUCCACAUGAUGGUGAGCUGACUUUUUUAGGAAGGGUAUUGGCACACUUGCCAGUGGAUCAGCAUCUUGGAAAGUUGAUAGUCCUUGGUCAUGUGUUUGGGUGCUUAGAAGAAUGCCUAAUUAUAGCUGCAGCACUCUCCUUGCGGACUUUUUUUGCGGUGCCUUUCAGACAGCACAUUGAUAGUUACAGGAAUAAACUGUAUUUUGCUGGGAACAGCAAGAGUGACUGUAUUGCGAUUGUGAAUGCAUUCAAGGCAUGGCAGAUUUGCAGACAAAAAGGAGAAUUGAGACAUCCCAAGGAAGAGCUUGACUGGGGUCGAUCAAAUUAUAUUCAGAUCAAGAGAGUCAGAGAGGUGGCAGAGUUAUUCGAAGAGUUAAAACAGCGAGUCAGUGUAUUUAACAUGCAUAUUACUACUCAACCCUCUCCYAUGGAUCAGGAGUAUGUGUACAAACAACGCUUCAUUUUGCAGGUUGUAAUAGCUGGUGCUUUCUAUCCGAACUAUUUCACUUUUGGAGUAUGUGAUCAAGAAAUUGCUGUGAAAGAGCUUGAUGGCAGAGAUCCAAAAACCACUAUAAUGUUGAGGAAUAUUCCUCCCUAUGGAUUUCUAUACCAUAAACAGUUGCAGUCACUUUUCAGACAAUGUGGGCAGGUAAAAUCUAUUGCAUAUGAUGGUCCAAAGGCUUUUGUGGAGUUCUCUCGUAAUCCAAUGGACACCUUUAAGACUCUUCCUGCAGUGUAUAUGUCGCUUAAAAUGGCCCAGUUGAAAAUUCCUCUUGACCUUAAUGUUUGUAAUCCAAAUGAGAUUGAGAACCAGGUGGAAGGUGGGGGAGCCGCAAGAGUGAAGUACACAAGAGUAAAUGUGGACUAUCAGAAGCAGACAGUAGAGCCCGUGGCAAUAUUUGGUAUUUCAGAGAUGUCAAAGAUGAUCCCCAGUCGUCUUCUAUCCAUCAACGUAACAGAGAUUGUGGAAGUUGGACACUUCUGGGGUUACAGGAUAGACGAAAAAAAUAUGACUGUGCUGCAAACUCUAACUACUGAAAUUAACCACCAGAGCCUGAUGGAUUUGCCAGUGUCUCCACAUCCAGAGUUGGUUUGCCUGGCCCCAUUCCCUUGUUUGGAUAAUAAAGGCUACUACCGAGCUCGUAUUCUGUAUGUUUCUGGAGAUUUUGCUGAGGUUUUCUUUGUGGAUUAUGGCAAUAGAUCGAGAGUGCCUUUAAAAAAUUUAAAAGCUAUUCCAAGCCAUCUUCGAGAGCUUCCUUUCCAGGCUUUAGAGUUCAAGAUGUGCAAGAUGCGUCCAUCUGCAAAAUCCCUUGUGUGUGGGGAGCAGUGGAGUUACAGUGCUAGCCAGAGGUUCGCCUCACUAGUAAAUGGCUAUACCCUUCUAGUGAAGGUGUACUCCCUUGUCCAUAGUGUUCUGCACGUGGAUGUUUUCCGUUAUUUGGGGAGCAAAGAGCUUGUGAAUAUUCGAGAUGUGCUUAUUGAAGAAUGUUACGCUGAACAAGCAGAGGAAUCAUAUGAAUCCCAACAAAGCCAUGAUUUGCUCAAGGCAUUACUUUCGGACCAAAUGAAAAAAGAAGCGAAAAAACCUGUAUCUUCAAGAGAAGAGGAAAAGCAUGUCAUUGAAAUGCUGUUAAACAAGUUUUCUGUCAAUAAAUUUGAUACACCGACCCAUAAGGUAUCUCUUCAUGGACCAUUCAGUCCUUAUGAGGUAAAAUGCUUCAGUAUGACUAGAAUAUCCCAAUUCAGAUGUGCUUUCAUACGAAAAGAAAGUAUAAACUCUGUUGUUGUCAGAGAUGCUCCAGAAGAUUCGUUUCAGCAAAUGCUGGUUGCUGCUUCUUUAUCAGUAAAUGCAACUGGAUCCUCUCUGAUUUUAGAGGAAACAUCUUUGAUGCCUCCUAUUCCUGGUCUACCAGCACUCCUCAGUAUGUUAUUUGCACCUGCUAUAGAACUCAGGGUUGAUAAGAGUGGAAAGUAUUUCACUGGUGUCCUGUGUGGUUUGGGCUGGAGUCAUAUUCAUGGAAUUCCGCUGCUUCCAGAAAAUGAUAUGGAGCUGACAUUCGAUGUCCAUUUUGGUAUGGAAGACAUAGCAGAGAUAAACAUUCUAAGGACARCCAUUAAUCAGCUGGUCAGUGAAUGUGCAGUGUGCCCGGAACAAAGCAGAAUGGUGCGGCUCCAAGAAGAUGCUCGACAGAAACUUUUAAGUUUAACCUGCAAAUCAAAACCACGAGAUGCCAUUGUUCCCAAGUGGUAUGACAGGUCAUAUGCCUGGAACCAGGUGGAUUCAAAACGUAUUAUUGACCAAUCGGAAAGGCAGCAUGAAGGAACAAAUGAUCUUUACCAGCUCCAUAAGCUUGUUGUGUUGAAUGUUUAAGUCUUAUCUAGAAAUAUCUCAGACGAAUGUGUUGACUUGUCUAAAACUUGGUUCUGUUUUCUGUAUAGCAUUGAAGGUUGACUCUAUAAUUAUCCAUAGAAUUAGUGUAGUCAUGCAAUAUAUAGGGCAGAAUGUUAAAGAUAUUUUUAAAAAUUAAGGUAUACUGACCUAGAACAGACAAGCUAAUUCAUAAAAACAACUYGCUUAAAUGAUAAUUGGACCCUACUUUAAGUUUUUGCUGUGAAGUUGUGAAUUGCAGGCAACAUGAAAAACAAGUAGAUUAUGGCAUAGUUUUUUAUCUAAAAGUUCAAGAGCUAAAGUACAGUCUUUUUUCUUUGAUAAUUGCAAGAUGUAUUUUCUAUUUGUUUUAUUUUUAUGGUAUCAAUAUUUGAGAAAGUCACACAGCAAAGAUUGCUUUGUAUGCAAAAAUGAGAGGUUAAGGGUAACUGGCAAUCUAGGUUAUCAAAAAUGUAACUUUAUAUGCUGGAUAUAACUGGUUUUUAUUCACUUUUGAUGCAACAGAACAUCAUA